AUGAUUUGUUUAUAUUUAUUUGUAAAGGAAUUCACUGAUGUAGUAAAAAGAGAGUUUAGUUCUGUUACAUACUUAAAAUUCAAGAGUUAUACAUCAAAAUUUUAUGACAAUUUAGCUACAUAAGUAUUUAAAUAUGAAACUGUUACUAUUGAUCCCAAGGCAAUUUUGUAAAUUAAGAAUUAGCCAUUCUAUGAGGCUGUAAUGUGGAGAAAAAAUGUUGAAAAAGCUUUAAAUAAAAUUCCUUAGUUCUUUGUAUAUAUAUUCUUACUAUUCACUAAUGAAUUUAAUAUGAUGUGGUUUAUGUCUUUCAUUUAAUAGCUAAAAGAAAGUGUAUAGCCUUUUUCUAUAGAUGUAAAAGUAUUAACUAAAAAAAAUUAAAGUGGUGGAGGAUCGUAUGACUAGAUAGGGGAGAGCAUUAAGAUUGAGAUGUGGAUUGAGUUGAUUGAUGGGUUUAAAAAAUCAAAUUUAAGACUUCAAACUGGUGAAUAUAAGAAUGGUAAAAAUGUUGGUACCUGGGUGCAAAUGGAUCUAAGGAAGAAUUGA